AUGAGACGGCAUUGCGUCUUAGUAAGGUCGAAGGUGGAUCGUGAUUAUUUGAUGAAAUUCAAAACAUAUUCGGGUCAAUAUUAUCUACGUGCGGAACCAGAAGAACGUGAGGCGUUAAAAGACACCAUUCUAGCGGAAAUUAAACGAAACAAUUCCGGAGAAUCAAAUGAAGUUUAUUUAGUCGCUUGUGACUAUUCGCCACCAAAUAGUGAUGCUGAUCAAUUAAUCCAGGAUCAAUCUUUUGACUUUCAUGCUUUGCUUGGAAAAGUAGCGAGUUUGGCUGCCACCAUCCACCCGGAGCGAAUUUGCUCAAGCGCUAUGGGAAUGUUCGUUCAAACAAUAAAUACCUGCUUUCGUCGCGGCUAUAUUCUCAAUUCCUUAAAGUACGGCAUCGCCUGUGGAGUUGCAGCUGCAUUUCCAUGCGGUGACCAAGUGCCGCGCUACUUGUUACGACGCACAAUACGAAAGGCACUUGGUAGUGAUGUGCUUGUGGAAUACUUGCAGCAGUUGGACUUGACCGUAUAUGGUUACGAAGUACAGACAUCUAUAUUUAAAAAGUGCGUUAAAAUAGAAGAAUCCGAAUCAGAACUAAACUUCGCUGGAAGAAGUUUGGGCCAAGCAGCUAGUAUCGGUUUCAUCUUGGUCGGCACAUUUUCUGAUGACGUUAUCAGGCUGGUAGCACCUGCGACAGCGAUUGCGUCAGGAGUUGCACGUUCUGCUUUAACUGUGUCUACGAUCGGUGUAGGUAUCGUCAUUUCCAUUGCUGUGAGCUUAUGGUCAGGCAAUGCAGGAGCCGAGCAUAUUUUCAGCUAUGUCAAUCGGAUAUGCAACGAUUUUAUUAUGAUUGCAGCUGCAUUUGUCAGAAACGUCAUUGAAGAAACGAAACGCUAA